CGAAAAAUGCAGAGAGCCAGAGAGGUGAGAACCAUGACGGCGGUACUACUGGCGAAGUUGUGCUUCCGCUGUGUUAUACGCUUUUCCGACCGAGAGUACAUGCGCUGAAGGGGAAAAGCCCAAAGGAAUUGAACAAGAAGAAAAAUGAACCACUGCAGUGAAUCUAGCGAUGACAUGGAUGAAGGCGAUGAUCAGGAGGCGUCUUGGCUGGAAGAGAGGAGUAUUGAGGAUGCCUUAACGUCUUUCAGGGAACAAUGGCAGCGCGAGUUGACGGUGUCACCUAAGCAUGAUUUGUCAAGGACACACGUGCUAAAACAGUCCAGCAUUGAGAUAGCGAGCGAUGAAGCUUCUAUCGAAAGCAGGGCAAAGAAUCUAUUUCUCAAGGGUAUCGAGUACGAGCAGAGCCGAAAAUUUUACGAGGCAAUCCAGUUUUAUAAGCGCGCGGUACAACUGGUUCCUGAUAUCGAAGUCCGUCUAUACGAAUCAACCAAAACGAAAGCAAAGGAUAGAUUCGAGGAUGAUAAUCUCGACGUGUUGGACAAUGAUUUCUCCGCUACCGAUGACAGCGAGCAGCAAAACGAACCCGAUGAGGAAGAAACCGAUUUGUUUUUCAAGUUAUCCAGAAUUGUAAAUCGCAAUCAGUGCGUUUGUUUCCCAAAAUUCGAGCAAGACGCAACACACAUAUCCGCGUUGCCGAUGGAGAUAGUGCUCUAUAUUCUGAGGUGGGUCGUAUCCUCCGAGCUAGAUUUUCGCUCGUUAGAAAUGUUCUCAAGGGUGUGCCGUGGAUUUUAUAUAUCUGCUCGAGACAUGGAGAUUUGGCGACUGGCAUGCGUCAGAGUAUGGGGUGUGAACUGCGGUACCUGCGAGCCGAAGUACCAGUCGUGGAGGGACAUGUACAUGCAACGGCCUAGGUUACGAUACAACGGCUGUUACAUCAGUAAAACGAGCUACAUUCGCGACGGGGAGAAUAGUUUCCAAGAUCGCUUUUACAGACCCUGGCAUCUUGUCGAGUAUUUUCGGUACCUGAGAUUUUUCCCCGAAGGAAGGGUUUUAAUGCUGACUUCCACGGACGAGGUUCAGAUCUGCGUGAAUUCUCUGCGGCAUCGCGUGCCACGUAAUCCGUCGGUGCUGAUCGGUCACUAUCGACUGCACGACAAUUGCAUUACGCUAGUCCUGAAGAAGCAGGAGAUCAAAGGGCUCAAUUUCGCCUACAGACGAAAGAAGAGGGAACCGGUGCACGAUAGCGGCGAGCAAACAUUCCACAUUGAAUUCGAGAUACAGAGCCACCACAGGAGAGUGAAUUCGCAACUGAAGUGGAUCAGCUACAGCAUUUUCACGAAAUACAAGAACGGGCAGGAGGCGAAGAUCAGCUUGAAGGAGCCAUCCGUGCGGGAGUUCAGGGUGUCGGCGAUCGGCGGUAGGUAUCCGCCCCUUAGAUUCAGCAGGGUAAAGAGCUACAAUCAGGAGAGCGAGGCCCCGUUGCAGUAACGAUAACAACGGGGCAACAAGCUAAUCUAAUCGUGACUAACUGUCGAGAGUACAACGUUGAAUUAUACUUGCGGGUGGUCUCAUCUCGGCGGGCCAUCGGUUUAAAAUUUAAAAGUAUAAACGUAGAGAUAAAUAUACAGAGAUAUAUAAUUUCAAUCGAAAAAUGUGUGUAUGUGUGUGUACGUGUGUGUGCGCGCGCACUUGAACGUGCACUGCUUUCGACGUUAAGUAAAAAAAAUAUAUAUAUAUACAUAUUUUUGAAGAGAUUUUAUUUAUCUCGUAUCACACUCUGCAUUCUAUAUAACGGUUUCUAAGUACAUCAUUAUGCAACCUGCAAAUCGCAAUCUAUACGCUUUAAUAUAUGAAAAUUGUGUUGAUGAUGCGUCUAAUUGAGGUAUAAAUAAAUUAUUUGUAGAUGUAA